AAGAGAUAACUGAUUCCAUUAUGUGUGCUUCAGCCAAAUAUAACACCCGGGGUCCAGCCCUCAUCCCAAGGAUGAAAACCAAGCAUCGCAUCUAUUACAUCACUCUCUUUUCCAUAGUUCUGCUUGGCCUCAUUGCCACAGGAGUGUUCCAGUUCUGGCCUCACUCCAUUGAGUCAUCUAGUGAGUGGACCGUUGAAAAGCGCAGUGUCCAUGAUGUGCCUGUGGUCAAGCUCCCUGCUGACAGCCCCAUUCCCGAGCGGGGAGACCUCAGCUGCAGGAUGCACACCUGCUUCGAUGUCUAUAGGUGUGGCUUCAAUCCCAAGAACAAAAUCAAGGUCUACAUCUACUCCCUGAAAAAGUACGUGGAUGAGUAUGGGACCUCGGUGAGCAACACCAUUUCCCGGGAGUACAAUGAGCUGCUGACUGCCAUCUCUGACAGCGAGUUCUACACCGACGACGUCAACCGCGCCUGCCUCUUCGUGCCUUCCAUAGAUGUCCUCAACCAGAACGCUCUCCGCAUCAAGGAGACAGCUCAGGCUUUGGCACAGCUGUCCAGGUGGGAUCGAGGCACAAAUCACUUGCUCUUCAAUAUGCUGCCUGGGGGGCCACCAGAUUAUAACACUGCUCUGGAUGUUCCUAGAGAUAGAGCUCUGUUGGCUGGUGGAGGCUUUUCCACGUGGACGUACCGUCAGGGCUACGAUGUCAGCAUUCCUGUUUACAGCCCCUUGUCGGGAGAAGUAGAUCUGCCAGAGAGAGGACCUGGGUAA